AUGGACUCAGUCCUAUCAAAUUCUCAGGGAGCUCGCUCCCAAUCUCAGAUCCCAUCGGAUCAAAUCACUUCGGAUGUCAGCAGUGCCAAAACUGCAGACACAUCGAAAAACCCGAUCACCUCGCCAACUGGCAGCAGCCAAACUGCUAGUAGAUCGAGCGUCCUGAUCGAUCCGGUUAUCACCUCCGCGGCAGCGAACUCGAAUGUUCCAGCCCGCGUGAAACCAUCGGUGAUCAACCUCGUCACUCCUGUGACAGCCGAGAACUCGAUUCUACCGAAUCAGAUCUCGCACGCAAUUGAGAAACCUCAUUUGCGAGUUCGGGUAAAAUCUAAAGAUUUCCCGAUUACCUCGACACCGAUCAGUCGGAAAUCUCCGACGCAAACUGUGUCAACAUCGUUUGCCUUGGCUCGACCGAAUCCGGACGACCAAGCCCGAAUCAAGCGAAUGCUCACCGACCUGAUUAACACAAUACGACCAAAAAAUCAGGCGCCACUGCGCGCUCAUGUCUUCCAGACUCUCGUCCCACCGAUGAGCUCGCCAAUGAGCAGCUUGAACAUUCCAGAUUCAAGCAAAUCGGAGAUAGGAUCUCAGCCAACAGAGCGACUUCCAUCUCCACCUCCAAAGCUAUCACGUAUCGAGCCAACUAUAUUUAGAUGGCCCGAAACUAUGGCUUCCAACUCAAGCUUGCAGGCGAUGUCUCAGCUCAAAAAUCAGUCCGAUGAAAUUUUGAGCUCGCAGCUCCCUGCAACAGCUCGAACUGUUGUGAACGGAAACUAUCAACAGUUUCCCGCAACAAAUGAUCUAGUCGAUCGAGCUCAAUUUCAUAGAGCAAACGAUCCGACAGAUCUAGCUCGAUUGACAAAAGCAAACAGCUCGUCAAAUCAAGCUCUAUCCCAUCCGAUUUCAACUAACCGGAUUCCUGUCGAUCCGCGAAACCUUUUGGACCGCGAAUCUUUCGAAAGGUUCCAGGUCCAAACAAACCUCGCAUUCUGGCAAGCGAACUCAACGUUUAACCAAACAAUGAGUUUGAUUCCAGAUAUCGACAAAGUAAUCAGGGAGACACAACAAACUCCCUUCUCAUCCAGGAUCGCUAACACCUGUCUGCGCGAUACUUACAAGCUACGUAUCCCAGAAUACUCUGGUAACAGCGAUCCACGAGCUUAUAUUCGAGCUCUUUAUCUCGAAAUACUUCGAGCUCAGUUUUCUCCCGAAGAGAUAGAAGCAGCUUGCUGCCAACUCUUUGUUGAAAACCUAGCCGGACCAGCUAAAAAAUGUUUCGGAAGCCGAUCUCUGGAAGCUUUCUCAAGCUCCAAACGAAUCACUUCGAUCUACGUCAAUAGAUUCAAAGCAAUCAUUGCUAAGAUCGAAAACCCUAACGAGGCAGUAGCUCUACUAGCCUUCCGAAACAACCUGUGGUACAAAUCAAAAUUCAGAGAAGAACUAAUCGUUCGACCUCCUGUAUCACUCGACGAUGCACUUCGCUGCGCGUCAACCUUUGCUACUUUUGAAGAGGAGAUCAAUCUCCUCCUAGAAAGACAUCGCAAAGGAAGAUUACCGCAACACUCUCUUUCAUUCGCGAACCCGAGUUCCGAUUUAGAGAAGUUCUGCGAACAUCACCAAAUCUACGGCCAUUCCACCGACGAAUGCCGAGCUAGAGCUAAGGAAUUAGCUAAAAAGCAGAGAGCUGAGGCAAAGAUGGAAAAAGCAAUCAGCCCUCAUCUCACGAUAACGACAAAGCAUCCCGAAAAAGGGAACGCGAAGUCGGAAUCAUCUCAAGAAUCACCUCUUUCACACAAGAAGCGAUUCGACUCGACCCUAGUGUUCAGAGAGCUCAGCUCACGCCGCAGCUCAAUGACCCUCGCGGUCACCCGCCCGCCCGCACCAAAAGAUAGCGAGCUCUAG